AAAUUACAAGAAAGGCGGAGACAGAGAGAAGAACGACGUAUUAGAGAGGAAGAGGAAGAAAGACGACAGGAAGAGGAGAGGAAACGAAAGGAGGAUGAAAGGAACGAUCGCAAGUUGCAGCGUGAGCGUGAGAGAAAGGAUCGCGAGGACAAACAACGGCUCGAGAUGGAAAUGUGUCUCAAAAAGGCCGAGGACGAGCGACAGGCGCGCCGCGAGGAGCGAGAGCGAAAGAAGAAGGAAGAUGAACGUCGUCUGGCCGAGGAGGAGGAAAAGCGUCGUAAGGAGCGCGAGGACCGCGAGCGCCGAAAGAAGGAUGAGGAUGAAGAGCGACGUCGCAAGCAGCGUGAAAUCGAGGAGGAGCGCAAGCGAUUGAUGGUCCAGCGCGAGCUAGAGCAUUCCAGUCAAUCAAUCAAUUCAAAGACGGCGACGACGCCAAAGAAACCCACGCCCAAACAGAUGAUUGAGAAGAUACUUCAAGGUUGCAGCAAGUCCAACAAUCAAUUGACAGCGACUGGCAACGAGCCAGUGAUCAACGUGCUGUUCACGGACGAGUUGAGGGAGGAGGUCAUGGACCUGGUCCAGUGCGGCUUCAAACCACUCUGCGAAUACCUCUCACUGCCCGAGUCCAUCCAGACAAUGAUGCAGGUUGUGGUCGACGUGCCACUCUGCACCCAGGUGUACGCCGCGAGACAGUCUUUGAUCCAGGGCACAGCCUCGCCGGAGCUGAAGAACGCCUAUGCACGCCUAUCCACCUCGUUCGAGAUUGUCAAGGGCGCGAUCAUCACAGUGCCACGCAUCAUCUGCGAGCCCAGCAACUACUCCAUCCUGGACACACUGUUUGGCGUCAUUGAUUACCAAGAGCUGCCGACGGCCAACAUCCAAUCAUUCGUCGAUCUGAUAACAUCGCUGCUGGGCAAGAAGAAGGAGCUGCUACAAUACGUGUCGGAGCGACGUGACACUGUGCUCCAGUCGCUCAUGCAACACAUUGCGUCGUCCAACAUCAUCGACCUCCUGCUCAAGAUGAUCGACGUCGAGAUGCAAACAGUUGGCAACACCACAACCUCCUUCUUGAAUGUAUUCAGCUCUAGCACUCCUGCCUCGGGUGCGGCCGCCGCCUCCAAGGACAAGCCAUCAUGGACAAACCACCUGACGCCAUACCUCAUACUUAAGCUCAACGAGAUAUUCAGCGUCGAGCGCUCAGGAGACCUUUUGGAAAACAUGGCACCUAUCAUUGGAAUGUUGUUCAAACCAAUCAUUGUUCUAAAUGAUGGCCGAGAGAUGACCACAAUUGAAGCCGUCAAUGAUAUCAUGUCGAUGCCAGGUGGCUACUCUGAGCCCUACGGCAUGAUCCGACUCAAGUGCCUCAGUGUCAUACAGGCCAUGGUCAAGGUGAAUGUGCCCAAGCUGGACCAGGCCAUUUGGGAGAGUGGCAUCAUGAAGAAGUGCGUCAACAUCUUCUUUGAGUACGAGUCAAACAACAUUGCCCAUAGCGCCAUCGAGUCCCUGAUUACACCUCUAAUCCAGCGCAGUCUUGGCUCUGAUGACGAGGAGUUUAUGUAUCAUCUACUCAAAGACUGUGGCUUUGUCAAGCGCACCGUAGAGGUCCUCCUCGCCUCUACCCCAUCCAUCCCAGUGGCAGCUCCUGUGCCAGUACAAGAGAAGAAGGAGUCUCCUGGCACCUCAUCCAACAAGUCGGUACGGUUUGCCGCUGAUGGCGCUGAUGUGGUUGAGGACAACUUCUCACUGCAGAAGAAACCAUCGACCAAGAUCAGGAGAAGAGUAUCCUUUGCUGGUGGUGAGUCCGAGGAGGACAAACUACCAAAGAGAGAGAACUCGCUCGAGAAUCUGUUCAAGCGACCCACGAGUACUACAGCGUCUGAGCAACAGGACGACAAAAAGAAGAAUGGCUUGACCAAGCCAAACUCUCUGAGCGUGGAGAUAUGUGGCGCCGACACCGAGGUUGUCCUGUCUAAGCUCUCCAUUCACGACUCUUCAAAUCGACUUGUGAAUGGAACCAACAACAACACCAAACAACAUUGUAACACUAGUAAUGGAUCCUCCUCCUCAAAGCAGGGACCGCAGCAACAGAAGAAGGUUUAUCAGAAUAUUGGACACAUCCUGUCGCUAUGUAUAGAGGUCACGCACAUUGUCAACAAGAGCAAGAAUCAAUUCCUGCGCGACAUUGUUGACGAGUGCUGUGGCGACGGCGACUCUUGGGACCAGGUAGUCGUGCCCAGGCUCAAGAAGGAGAUAUCAUACAGGAACAACAAGCCUGUCGGAACCGUAUCCAUGCGCAAGAGCAAAGGCAAACCAGUCCUUUUCGAAACGGAAGACAUACAGCCAAUGACUGAAUCGGGUGUCCCGAUCGCUCCGACAGAGACCUCGUCCAAGUUCUUCUUCUAG